GAUGGAGAGUGAGGAAGAACCGGUUCCAGUGGAAAGUUGGAGCUGUGGUGGAGACGGGAAAGCUAGGAAGCUGUGGAAGUCAGACAGCAUUGUACGUGGCAUGGCCCUGGACCUGCAGCUCCGAAGCUGGCUUUGGGCAAUCCUAUGUCUCUCCCUUCCUGCGGGGGCCGUGUCCCGAUGGCACACAGGAGAGCCUAUGGACAGUGCUGGUGCAGGCGGUGUUCCCCUGGAGCCAGAGCACCCGGACAUGAUGUUUGAGUUCCUGUGGACAGGGCUGAAACUGGACACCAUGGGACAGUUCCACCUGCGGGAUGAGGAGCUGGCAUCGACGCGCCCUGGCCGACGGCUCACCCUCUUCUUCCAGCAUUGGGUCCCCAGCACCUUGGCUGGGACUGAGCAACAGCUGCGGCAGUGGCACCAGGCAGCUCCCCUGAGCCCCGCAAACUUCCAGCAGCUGCUGCUCACCAGUGUGGCAUGUGUCUAUCGCCUCCACGCAGCUCUCGAGGGAGAGGAGAGGGCUCACUGGGCUGAACUCUUCUCCCUUUUGGGACAGGAAAUACUCCAGGACCUGUGCAAGGACCACUGUCCCCAGGGCCAGAUCCCCUUGCUGAGUCCUUGGGCCUUCCCAAAUGACCCAUCUCAGCAACACUCCAGCCCUUAA